AUGCUUGGCUUCUUUGUGCAGACUGUUGUAAAGCGUUGGUCGGUACUUUUUGAAAAUAUGGGCUACAUCGAAAGCACAUCGAUGUAUAUCGGUGGAUAUGUAUACGGCGAAGACGAUGAAUCACGUUUAUUACGUCGAACUAUGGCACGUUAUUUAUGUUUAACACAGUUACUCGUCUAUAGAGAUAUUAGUAUACGUGUUCGGAAACGUUUCCCAACGUAUGAGAGUAUCAUUAAAGCAGGAUUUAUGUUAGAAAAUGAAUGUGAAAUAUUGGAAUCAAUUCAAUUAGAUUUUGAUAAACAUUGGGUACCUAUCAAUUGGAUAUAUGCGCUUAUUUUUCGUGGGCGUAAAAAUGGUAAAAUUGUAAGCGAUCCAUUCGCCAAUAAACUUUGUGAUGAAGUAAACAAUUUUCGAAAUCAUCUGCAGAUAUUAUGCAAUUAUGAUUGGGUUCCAAUACCAUUAGCAUAUCCACAGCUGGUAUUCUUAGCUGUUUACGUUUAUUUUGCUAUCUGUUUAAUUUCACGACAAUUUAUAAUUACAGAACGUGACGCACCAAAUAAAAGUAACAUUGAUUUGAUACUUCCAUGUGUUACAAUGAUGGAAUUUAUAAUAUUUGUUGGUUGGAUGAAAGUAGCUGAAGGUCUUUUAAAUCCAUUUGGUGAAGAUGAUGAUGAUUUCGAGAGCAAUUUCUUACUUGAUAAAAAUUUAGCAGUAUCACUGUGUAUGGUUGACGACGCAUCAAAUGAUGCACCAGAAUUAGAAAAAGAUCAAUUUUGGCCAGGAAAAUAA